ACCUCUCAGUACGAACAGUUGAUAAGGCUCUAAGAACAACCUCAUCGCUUCUGAGUUUGUUUGGGGAUAACAGAACGGAUAUAGAAAGAGCUCUUGAAGACAGAUUAUGGCGUCGAUAUCAGUGGCAUCGUGCUCACCAUGGCUGUCGAGCAGAGGCACUCGAGUACAGAAGCCCUGUGCUUCUCUCACUUUCCUCACUGGUUCAAAAACCAGCUCUUUGUCCAUGAAUGUGACCAAAAAUCUCAGCUUGGGUUCUCAGCUCCUUCACUGCUCCUUCCUCCCUUCUUCUUCUUCUUCUUUGGGAUUUCCGUCUUCUGUUUCAGGUUCAUCUUUGGGUGUGGAGUUGAGUUCUAACAUUGGUUUGGGAAGAGGAAAACGUCGCGGCUUAGUGGUGAGGGCAGGGAAGCCUGCUCUUUGUCUAACUAAAAGAAGCAGAUCUCGGAAAUCAUUGGCUCGAACACAUGGUUUCCGCAGGCGAAUGAGGACCACCAGUGGAAGGGCAGUGUUGAAGCGUAGACGUGCCAAAGGACGAAAGAUCCUCUGCACAAAGUCCAACCCCAGCAGUGGGAAGCGUUCUUAACUCUGUUAUUCUCCCUGAACCAGUUUUAGCAAGUGUAACACUAAUGAGAUGUUGUCUCUCUCAGCUGAUUCAUGUGAAUGCCUCAAAUUUUUAAACUUAUGUUUCAUCCAUGUGUCUUGUAUUGUUUCAUUAAAAAAGAACUUCAGUCAUUGAAUUUACAAUCUGAGUCUUCAUUUCU